UUCAAAAUCUGUUUUUUUUUUUUUUUGUUUUAUAAAAUAAUAAUAAUAAUUUUAUUAUUAUUUUGUUUGCUCACUCACUGUUUGUAAUUAUUAUACUCUGCUGGGUGUUUCUGGAGGGGGUUGUGAGAUCUGAUUUCGGUUGUUUGUGGUUUCAGCUCCCCAAAAGUUGCUGUCUUUACAUGCAUGCUCAGAGUUUAACGGUUGAUUGCUUUGUGGGUCGGUGACAGAGUGGAAAAAAUUUUGAGAACUAGCUUAGGGUGAUAUUGUUUGCUUGAGUGGUUGGUUUUUGCAUCUGUGUCACUUUUUUUUUUUUAUUGAAUUUGCUUUCUGGGUAUUCUGGGAAUUGAGGCAUUGAGCUGAGUUGACUAAAGAUCCUAUGAACUGAGAUGAUGGGGUUUUACUUUCCAUGGCGAUGGCCAAUGAUGGCCUAUGCCUUUUGGUCUGGAACUUAGUCUGAACAAUUUCAUUUGGUAACUAUAUACAAUGUUUUUAUUGCUAGCUGUUAUUGGCUUGUUUUCAGUUUGUGGAUAAGUUGCAAUAGUAAUAUAUAUUACUUGAUUUUAGGUUUACUAUUUCAUUGUUCUUUGAUCAACUUUAAGUUUUAACCCCUUACAGGUGUAUUUAUUAUUAUUACUACUUACAGUUUAUGUAACUAUUGAUUUAGUUUUGACUUGGUUGUCCAGUUCUUGAGACUCAAUGAAUUGAUUUCCUCUCGACUUCUGUAGUAGUAAUGUAGUAUAUAGUGAAUAUUGUUGUGUAUCAAUUCGUUAUAUUUUAAAAGUAAAAACAUGGUGAUUGCUGGAUAUACUAGUGCAAGGAUGUGUUUCGUUUUCCACUUUUCCUUGAUUUUGAUUUUUGAAGAAUAUUUAUUUGUUUUCGAGGAUAUGGUUCUCACCAGCAUCAUAGAUCGGAUGGAAUGUUAACAAGGCUGGUCAAUGAGGGACUCAUAAUGAGAGGGCUUGGGUGGAAUCACAGUCCAUGGGCACCCCGGACAAGAAAAUAUCUGACUUUGUUGAUGUAGUUAGGUCUUGGAUCCCUCGAAGGGCGGAACCACUAAAUGUGUCGAGGGACUUCUGGAUGCCGGAUCAGAGUUGUAGGGUAUGCUAUGAGUGUGAUUCACAGUUCACAAUAUUCAACCGCAGGCAUCACUGUCGAAUCUGUGGUCGAGUUUUCUGUGCAAAAUGCACUGCCAAUUCUGUUCCUGUUCCAUCGGAUGAGGCAAAUACUGGCCGCGAAGAUUGGGAGAGGAUAAGGGUCUGUAACUAUUGUUUUAAACAAUGGGAGCAAGUAACAACAGUUGAUAAUAAUGGCAGUGCAGAUCCUUCGGCUACCCCUUGUCUCAGCCCUUCACCAUCUACAACAAGCUUGGUCAGCACUAAGUCCAGUUGCACCUGUCAUAGUAGCAGCAGCACUGCUGGUUCAGUUCCUUAUACAACUGGGCCUUAUCAGCGUGUGCCGUAUAGUCCCCAUCAAUCUUCGCAAAUGAAUCAGAUAACAGAUGAUCAAGAAAAUUUAAAUUCUGGGAGGAGUACAAAUCCCUCAGAGGCUGUAGGGAAUGUGCCUUCUAACCAAUUUGGCCAUUGCUUCAGCAGGAGUGAUGAUGAGGAUGAUGAUUAUGGUGUUUAUCAUUCUGAUACAGAAUCAAGGCAUUAUUCCCAUGCCCAUGACUACGACGAUCCAGUUAACAUUCAUGGUGUUGACCAUGUCUAUGGGCCACAUCAAAUGCAUCCUGAUGAAGAUAACAUUCAGGUAAAAAACUUGAGUUGCCUAACCCAGGCACAGAAUCUUGAUCCAGAAGGUGUAGGUGGAAUUCAAGUACCUGGGAAAGAAGACGAUGAGCAUGAUCAUGCUGAUGGAUGUGAAACUUCUCCUUAUCAUGAGGAGAGCAAUUAUGCGGAGCCUGUGGAUUUUGAGAGUAAUGGACUACUGUGGAUACCUCCUGAGCCAGAAGAUGAAGAGGAUGAUAGAGAAGCUGUUCUUUAUGAUGAUGACGAAGAUGAAGGUACUACUGGAGGUGGGGAAUGGGGAUAUCUACGAUCCUCCACUAGUUUUGGCUCUGGAGAAUGUCGUAGCAGAGAUAAAACAAGUGAAGAUCAUAGGAAGGCCAUGAAGACUGUAGUGGAAAGGCAUUUUAGAGCCCUGGUAGCUCAGCUAUUACAAGUGGAAAACCUAAAUACUUGUGAUGAAGAUGGAAAAGAGAGUUGGUUGGAUAUAAUUACUGCUUUGUCUUGGGAAGCUGCUACACUUCUGAAGCCAGAUACGAGCAGAGGUGGAGGUAUGGAUCCUGGUGGGUAUGUAAAGGUUAAAUGCAUAGCUUGUGGACAUCAAAAUGAAAGCAUGGUGGUUAAAGGAGUUGUAUGUAAAAAGAAUGUGGCUCAUCGGCGAAUGACAGCAAAAAUUGAUAAACCACGUUUUCUAAUACUUGGAGGUGCUUUGGAGUAUCAGCGUGUUUCUAACCAGUUGUCAAGUGUUGAUACUUUGUUACAGCAGGAGAUGGACCAUUUGAAAAUGGCAGUAGCAAGGAUUGAUGCUCAUCACCCCAAUGUUCUUUUGGUGGAGAAGUCAGUAUCUCGUUAUGCUCAAGAAUACCUUCUUGCUAAAGACAUAUCGCUUGUUCUGAAUAUUAAGAAGCCACUUCUAGAGCGUAUUGCCCGUUGUACUGGUGCACAGAUUGUCCCUUCAAUUGAUCAUCUGACCUCACAGAAGCUGGGCUAUUGCGAAACAUUCCACGUAGACAAAUUUUUUGAGGAGCAUGGUAGUGCUGGGCAAGGUGGGAAAAAAUCAACAAAGACUUUGAUGUUCUUUGAGGGUUGCCCGAAACCUUUAGGUUGCACUAUCUUGCUGAAGGGUGCCAAUGGGGAUGAGUUGAAGAAGGUGAAACAUGUGAUCCAAUAUGGAAUCUUUGCAGCCUAUCAUCUGGCACUGGAGACAUCUUUUCUGGCUGAUGAAGGUGCUUCACCUCUAGAGUUUCCCUUGAAAUCUCCCAUAACUGUUGCAUUACCUGAUAAACCAUCUAGUAUUGUGAGAUCCAUUUCCACUAUCCCUGGAUUUUCUGUUCUCACUGCUAGAGAGUCUCAGGGAGCAAAAGCUUUUAAAGAAGAACCACAAUCUAAUGACAUCUACAAGACAGAAAGAAGCCCAUCUAGCUGCUGUGAGUCCACUGAAAGAUCAUUGGUGGGUGACUCAAUCCAUAUGCAUGAAGUGUCUGGAGGUAUUACCCAAUCAGCUCAGGAUAUGCCAUCUUCCAACUGCAAUAGUUUCCUUUCAAAUACUUCUUCUAAGGAGGAUGAUAAGAAAUGUCCCAUGGAAUUUUUUCAAUACAGACUAGAUGAGAGAAGGGAAACUAUGUUGAACAAUGAUCUUAUUUCAGAUUCUUUUGGUACUUUUGAGUCUUCACAGCAAGAUGGAAAUAGCCACCUCAGAGCUGCAGCAUUGUCUGCUAAUCAAGGAGCUAACCCUGAGCCACCUUAUAUAAAACAUGAUACUAAUAAUUAUAAUAACAAUAAUAAUCAUGAUGACAUGAUACAUUCAAAAGAAGAUUUUCCUCCCUCAACUUCUGACCAUCAGAGUAUUUUGGUCUUUUUAUCAACACGUGUGUGGAAAGGAACUGUUUGUGAAAGGUCCCAUCUUGUAAGAAUUAAAUACUAUGGAAGUUCUGAUAAGCCUUUGGGACGGUUUUUGAGAGAUCAACUACUUGAUCCGAGUUACACUUGCUGCUCAUGUGAGUUGCCAUCAGAAGCUCAUGUUCAUUGUUAUACUCAUCAGCAAGGCAGCCUGACAAUUUCCGUUAAGAAAUCGGAGUUUGCUUUACCAGGGGAACGAGAAGGUAAAAUUUGGAUGUGGCACAGGUGCCUGAAAUGUCCUCGCAUACAUGGUUUUCCUCGUGCUACACGAAGAGUAGUUAUGUCUGAUGCUGCCUGGGGCUUAUCCUUUGGGAAAUUUUUGGAGCUGAGUUUUUCAAAUCAUGCAGCAGCAAGCAGGGUUGCAAGUUGUGGUCAUUCUCUCCACAGAGAUUGUUUAAGAUUCUAUGGUUUUGGGAAGAUGGUUGCCUGCUUUCGUUAUGCUUCAAUUCACCUUCAUUCUGUUUAUCUUCCCCCACCCAAACUGGAAUUCAACUAUGAUAGUCAGGACUGGCUACAAAAAGAAGCAAAUGAGCUGCAUAACAAGGCUGAAAUACUGUUUAGUGAAGUGUGCAAUGUGCUGCAUCAAAUUUCAGAGAAGGUUUCAGGUCCUGUGUUGCAGGAGGGUGGAAAUAGGGUGUCAGAUUUUAGGAAUCUAGUUGCUGAACUUAAAGGGAUGCUGCUGUAUGAGAAAGAAGAAUUUGAGGACUCAUUACAAAGAUUGCUGCAUAAAGAGGGCAAAGUUGGUCAGCCUGUGAUUGAUAUUCUAGAGCUCAAUAAGUUGUGCAGGCAUAUCCAUAUCCAUUCUUAUGUUUGGGACCAGCGCUUGAUAUAUGCAUCCAAUCUAAGUAAAAUUAUUCUUCAAGAAAACUUGAAGAGCUUAAAUCAUAGAGAGAAGUUGCUUGGUUCUAGGGAAAAGGUUAUCGAAGCAGAUGUUGCCACUAGGCCACCAAGAGGCCAUAGCAGUUGUGAUUCCUUUCUUUUGGGAACAAAACCUGAUGGAAACCUAAAUUUAGAAAACACUAGCCACCUUAGCCACCCUGUGGUCAAAAGUGAGGACAAGGGCAAAGACACAAAUCAUGAUAAGGUUGAUCUUUCUCUUUCUGGUGGUGCCAAUAUCAAUGAUAAAUCUGAUUCUGUGGAGUUUGGAGGGGCUGUACGGAGGGCUUUGUCCGAGGGGGAAUCUCCUUUUGUGGCUAAUUUAUCUGAUACCCUUGAUGCUGCAUGGACAGGUGAAGGUCAUCCGACAAAUUUAUCACUCAAAGAAAAUGGUUGUCUACCUCCUGAUGCAGCAGCUGUGGCUGUUCAUUCACCUGUGGCAAAUAUAGUUACAUCAAAAUCAAAUUCUGAUAUUUAUAGUGCUAAUAUAGGUGGGAUUGAGGCAGGAUGCACUAAUUACUCUAAAUUGCUUUCCAAAGGACUUGAUACUAAAUGGAAAGGAAUACCUUUUGCAAAUGUCUUUGGUUCAUUCAACAAAACUUCUUCCUUCAAUACUGAGAAGCUUGUUGAGUACAACCCAGUUCACAUUUUAUCAUUUCGAGAGCUGGAGCGCCAGACAGGUGCUAGACUGCUUCUUCCAGCCAGCACUAAUGAUACCAUAGUGCCUGUCUACGAUGAUGAACCCACUAGUGUUAUAGCGUAUGUGCUUGUGUCAAUGGAUUAUCAUAUGCAGAUGUUAGAAUAUGAUAGACCUAAAGAGAGUGGAGACAGUUCAAUUUCAUUGCCACUCUUUGAUUCAACAAGUCUACUUUCUCUCAACUCUUUUGAUGAGACAAUUACUAAUACCUACAGAAGUCUUGGCUCUUUUGAUGAGAAUGUGUUACCCACUUCUGGGUCUCGGAGUUUGCCGGCUGGGGAUCCAUUCUCAUACACAAAGGAUUUGCAUGCAAGGGUUUCUUUUACUGAUGAUGGCUCCCUUGGAAAAGUGAAAUAUACUGUAACUUGCUACUAUGCAAAAAGAUUUGAGGCUUUAAGAAGAACUUGUUGCCCUUCUGAGUUAGAUUUUGUGCGGUCCCUUAGUCGUUGUAAGAAGUGGGGAGCUCAGGGAGGAAAGAGCAAUGUUUUCUUUGCAAAAACCCUGGACGAUAGAUUUAUCAUCAAACAGGUUACAAAAACAGAGCUUGAGUCGUUUACUAAGUUUGCACCAGCUUAUUUUAAGUAUUUAUCUGAGUCAAUCAGUACAGGAAGUCCAACUUGUCUUGCGAAGAUCUUGGGGAUUUAUCAGGUAACAUCAAAGCACCUCAAAGGAGGGAAGGAAACAAAGAUGGAUGUUUUGGUUAUGGAAAAUCUUCUUUACAGGCGUAACAUUAGACGGCUUUAUGACCUCAAAGGUUCUUCUCGUUCACGGUACAAUCCAGAUACAAGUGGGAGCAAUAAAGUGCUGCUGGAUCAGAAUCUCAUUGAAGCUAUGCCAACCUCUCCAAUAUUUGUUGGGAACAAGGCAAAACGGUUGCUCGAGAGGGCUGUGUGGAAUGAUACUGCCUUCCUUGCAUCAAUAUAUGUGAUGGACUACUCAUUGCUGGUUGGCGUGGAUGAGGAAAAGCAUGAGUUGGUUUUAGGUAUCAUUGAUUUUAUGAGGCAGUAUACAUGGGACAAACACCUUGAAACUUGGGUGAAGACCUCAGGCAUCCUUGGUGGACCCAAGAACACUUCUCCAACUGUGAUAUCACCACAGCAGUACAAGAAACGGUUUAGGAAAGCCAUGAGCUUAUAUUUUCUUAUGGUGCCAGAUCAAUGGUCCCCUCCAGAGUUACACCCCAGUGGGUCCCAAUCUGACAUUUGUGACGAAAAUGCGUGAGGCAUGGGACUCAUUUCAUUGAUGUGGUCAAAGUUUGAAUCUUGUAAAUGUUACCAUUCCAGCAUACAUCAUUGACACGGGUCUCUCCUUCCUUAUGCCCUUAAUAUUUGUCUCCUGCAUAAUGCAGCUGCUGUUGAUUUGUGUCCCUUAAGCAAUGGAGGUGCACCUCCUGUUACCAGAGAUUGUUGAAAGGGUAACUAAGUGUACAGCGAUUCUCCUCCUCUUUCUUUUUUAUACAUUUUUUUAUAUCAUGUAUUUAAUCUCUUGCUUUCAUAAUCUGUCGUAAAUUUGAUUUAAAGUUCACAACCUAUUAUUGAAUUGCACACCGCGUUUCUUUUUCUACGCAUGUGAAAGGCGUUGAUAAAUUCUUACCUCACUGUUAUAUGACCCGUGUGAAAGUAUAUAUUU